CGAGUAUAUAAGAUGAAUCUUCUCAAAUCCCAUCGGCUGUUCUCGGGCCCGGUCGCUUGUCGCCAUUGUUAAGAGUUGUCCGUUGAAUCCCGGGUCUAAAAUGCAGCUUCUCCAAAGUGUAGCGCGCGUAGCUGCCAUUCUCGGCCUCGCUCGCAGGCAGUUCGACGCCGACUCGUCGGUGUACGAGGACCCGGAAACCGGAUUGACCUUCUCGUCGUACACUAGCGACCGGGGCAUCAUCUACCGCAUCGCCAUCCCCGAUUACAUACCGGAGCCCAAGGUCUACGACACGGUCCUGCAGAUCGUGGCACCCACUGACGUUGGGUGGGCCGGGUGGGCCUGGGGAGGCCACAUGACAUACAACCCGCUCGCCGUUGCCUGGGCCAAUGGAACCAACAACGUCGUGCUAUCAUCGCGGAUUGCCUAUGGCUACUUCAGCCCGCCCGAGAACCCCGACGCCCACUACACCGUCCUCAAGACAGGAACGCACAUCAAUGCCACCCACUUCCAAGUUACGGCCAAAUGCACGGGCUGCUCGAGGUGGGGUGACGACGAUAUGGGCUACACCGAGCUCGAUCCGGCGUAUGAUACCACCAUGGCCUAUGCCUACUCCAACACGCCCGUCGACACCCCCGGUGACGAGACUUCGACUUUCAGCAUCCACGACAGCCUGGGACACCCGAUCUAUGACCUGGCCGCCGCCAAGAAUGCUGACUUUGCCGCUAAGGUGGCAAACCUCUAAUCCUGGGGGUACCUACUUAAGGGCUAGGGUUGGACCAACUAUGCACUGAAACGCCUUGGAAAGAAAAGAAAGAUGGGCAAAGGAGUGUAGAGUAUCCACAGAAUAGACGUGGACAUAUCAAUGGCUGUCUCAUUAUCGCGGGGCAUUUACCUCCAUUUGCUGUGACCGAGAACCCAAUUUGCCCUUCGUCAUGCCAGUUUCAAAAGGG